AUGUACAUACACCAUUUACUGGAGGCCUCUAUUCCGGAGGCAGUGACCCUGCAGACCGUUGCGGAAGAAACGCAGAAUGAUCCGAUUCUUCAAGAGUUGGUGCACGCAUUAGAGACAAAUGUGUGGACGGAAGAUGUUAGACUGUAUAAGCCAUUUAAAGCCGAACUGCACGUAGCUGAGGGAGUGGUUAUGAGAGGUGAUCGGCUGAUAAUCCCUGGAAAACUUCAAAACCAGGUUCUCGAUUGUGCACACGACGGCCAUCCAGGCAUGAGUUCGAUGAAGCGAAGACUGCGGCAGAAAACAUGGUGGCCAAAGAUGGACGAUCAAUGCGAAAAAUAUGUGAAGAAAUGUAAUGCAUGCACCUUAGUGUCCUCCCUUGGACCACCGGAGCCGAUGUUGAGAACUAAAAUGCCGGAGAAAGCUUGGACGGAUGUAGCGGUGGACUUCCUUGGGCCACUUCCGACUGGACACAAUUUAUUAGUCAUUGUUGACUACUAUAGUCGGUUCGUCGAGGUAGUAGUUAUGAGAAAGAUAACUGCUGAAUUAACGAUUGAAGCUCUAUUUGAGACAUUCACUCGUUUCGGGGUGCCAGAAGUACUGCGAUCGGACAACGGUCCGCAAUUUAUAAGUGAAACCUUCAAAUCAUUUUGCAAAGAGUUCGGUAUCGUCCAACAGAAGACUACUCCCUAUUGGCCACAAGCCAAUGGGGAAGUAGAGAGAAUGAACAGCUCAAUAUUGAAGCGUCUACGCAUAAGCCAAGAAACUAAUCAGGAUGGGUGGAAGUGGGAUCUGAGGAAUUUCCUGCUAAUGUAUAACUCCACCCCACACAGUACCACCGGAAUAGCACCAUCUGCCCUAAUGUUCGGAAGAGUGUUGAGAGAUAAAUUACCAUCGGUACAGCAGUCUUCAGGCCAGCUUGCAGAAGGUAUCCAGGACAAGGAUUGGGAAAGGAAAUUGAAGCAGGCAGACUCAACGGACAAGCGCAGGAGAGUGACGCCAAAUGAACUGGAUGUUGGUGACAUCGUGGUGGCAAAAAGGAUGACAAAAGAUCAUAAACUCUCAAGUAAUUUCGAUCCGGAACAAUUUGAGAUUAUCAGUCGGAAGGGAACGGAUGUUCAACUACGCUCGUUGGACACUCGCAAACUGUAUCAUCGGAACGUAUCGCACCUGAAACUGAUCACAAGGACAACUGACUCGGCGGAAGGUUCCCAAGCAAGAGAAAACGUUAUCACUAACCCUGAAGAAGCUGCUCCAUCCCAGGAAGAACCAGUUCAACGGCCGCAAAGGAUGUCAAGGGCUCCAGGAUACCUUCGGGACUAUGUUGCGGUUAUUGAAACAGAUAUUAAGUAA